GGCAGAGACGGGUUCCCUCUCUGGCAAGAGCGGUGCACCCAUCUCCACUGCCUGAGUUAGUCAGGUCAGUGAGGAGGAGCCAAGCCAACAAAAAAGGGGCAUCGCUGGCCCCACAGACACCAAGGGUCCCAGGGGAGAUCCAAAGUAAAGGGCACUGCUGGUCCCCAAAAACCCAGUUAGAGGGGCAUAUAGGAGAGAAGAAAGCAUUGUUGAACCCUUAUCGUUUCAAGAAGACCUGGACUGGUUCCUCAGGAUCAAUGGGACAAGACUAGAUCAGUAGGAGCUUUGAAAGAGGACGACAAAGAGUCUAGGGCGAUGACGCUGAUUGGCCGCUGUCUGCUGGUGGUAGUGUUGUGGAUUGGGGUCAGAGAAGGGGCCGGUGGUGAGCAGAUGAAGCAGGCCCAGGCUCCUCUUAUCCCUCAUCGGCCGUUCAUCGUAGUGUGGAACGCCCCCACAGAGUCCUGCCGCCUUCGCUUCAAGGUGGACCUGGACCUCAGCGUCUUUGACAUCGUGGCCAACCUCAACGAGACCCUUAGCGGGCCUAAUGUCACCAUCUUCUACCAUAGCCACCUGGGCUAUUAUCCUUACUACGCCAGCUCUGGGAACCCCAUCAACGGGGGCCUGCCCCAGAACCAGAGCCUGUCCAAGCACCUGAGCAAGGCCAGGGCCGACAUCGACAAGCUCAUCCCUCACAAGGACUUCCGAGGCCUGGGUGUCAUUGACUGGGAGAACUGGAGGCCCCAGUGGGUGCGCAACUGGGGCUCGAAGGACAUCUACCGCAACAAGUCCAAGGAGCAGAUCCGGAAGCUCCAUCCAGAUUGGCCUGAGAGCAAGGUGGAGAAUGAGGCCAAGGAGGCCUUUGAGAGGGCCGGACAGGCCUUUAUGAACAAUACUCUACUGUUGGCCGAAAGUCGACGACCUGACGGCCUCUGGGGCUUCUACUUGUUCCCCGACUGCUACAACUAUGGCUACAAGACGCACCCGCAUCGCUACACAGGUGAAUGCCCCAAUGUGGAGCAUGUCCGUAAUGACCAUCUCAUGUGGCUUUGGAGGGAGAGCACAGCUCUCUACCCCUCCGUGUACCUAGACUACGAACUCAAGUCCUCGGCCAACACCGUCAAGUUUGUCCACUACCGCGUCAAAGAGGCCAUGAGAAUUGCCUCCAUCGCACGCACCGACUUCACGCUGCCUGUGUUUGUGUACUCUAGACCCUUCUAUGCCUACACCUUCACGGUCCUCUCAGAGAGUGACCUGGUGCACACUAUCGGAGAGAGUGCAGCUCUUGGGGCGUCAGGAGUGGUACUUUGGGGCUCCUCAGAAUAUGCUCGAACUCAGAGAAACUGCCUGACCGUGAAGAAGUAUAUUGAUGGCCCUUUAGGCCACUAUGUCAUCAACGUCACCUCAGCCGCCAAGCUGUGCAGCAAAGCCCUGUGCAAGAAGAACGGCAAGUGUGUGAGGAAGAGCCUCGACUCAGGGGCCUACCUCCACCUCAACCCCCGCUUCUUCCACAUUCGCCGCAACCUGGGCCACCGGGGGCCCCACUUCCACGUGAGCGGCCAUCUUAACAACCACGACAUCCUGGACAUGAAGCACAAGUUUACCUGCCAGUGCUACCAGGGCUGGACGGGGGUCUACUGCGAGAUGCCCCAGAUGCCACCGCUCCCUCCCAUGCCCCGACCCAGGGACAACAGCCUGCUAGGGGAUAUACUAGUCAUCCUGUCACUUCACUUCUCCUGUCUGUGUGUCAUCAUGUUCCUUGGUCUCUGCCUCAUCAUCAAGUGUUUGAUACUGUAGAGAGAGGACUACCCAGCAAACUGGGAACAUUCCCAGGACAUUAAAUAACAUUCUUAUUAAGUUCUAGCUAACAUUAGGAUGAUAACAUCCCACAAACAUUUUUUAUCAUCUAAUAUUUUUUAUAAGAAAAUGUUUCAAAUUAAAUAUUAUUGGAAUGUGCUCCUAACAUUCACUAAAUUGUUCUGCACAACAUCUGUUAAAACUACCACAGAAGAUUCCCCUAAGGUUCACAUUAGGUUGCCAGGGAAUAUAAUAACACAACAUUGCGGUAAUGUUCUCAGAACUUACUGGUGCAACAAAAUGUGGAUGAAAUAGUGGUUGUGUGGAAAUAUUACCGGAACGUUCUGCUGAUUUUGAUGGAAAUGUUAUUCAAAACAACAAGCAGGGAAUAUUCCUACAAUGAUCUCAUAAAGUUAUAGUGUGAUAUUAUGACAUGAUGUUCCAAAAACAUCCCUGAACAAACUUCAGCAAUUAUGUCUGGAUUCAAUUGAAUAGGUUCUGAAAAAUCUGCCCCAAUCAUUCGAAUUUUAAAUAUUUGGAAGUAGAUAUAUUUCCUGCCUGUCAUAAAACAAUUGCCAGAAACUUUAACAGAAUGCUCAAAUCAAUUCAAUCCAACCACAGUAGAUAGAUUAACAUCCCAAUUGCUUUCACUGGCAGAAUAUCUAUUGUCAAAAUGAAUAUAUUGCCACGGCUGAAUUUCUGUAGGUCAAUGCUUCCCAUGUCUCCCCUUCUGGCUAUUGGGAUACAAUUCAUAGUGUGGUUUCAAAAUGUAUAUGGCAAGGUAAGCGAUCCAGGAUAAAAAUAAAACAUUUACAAAUUUACAAAGAGGGAAAGACGUAGGAGGACUAUACGUACCAAACUUUAAAUUGUAUUUCCAGGCACUGACAUUUCGCCCCAUCCUAAAUUGGUUCACUGAUAUAUCCCUUAAACAAUGUAAACUACGCUUUAUUCCUAUCGUUGCUCAUACAAUUUCUAUUUGGCACAUAAUGGUUUGAGAACAGUCCAAGAUUUGAAAAACACAUACACAUUUCCAGGCAUCUCCUUCUUUCUAUAUUUACAACUUCGGUCAGCUAUGGUGGCCUAUGGAGUAUCUCGGGAAACCCAAAUACCGAACCAUCCAAUGAUGGGAUUUAUAAAUAAAUGAUCUGGGCUACCAAAAGGACAAAUCUCUAUAGUAUAUAAACAACUUUUGGAAAGCUCAUAUUCAGAUGUAGCCAAUACAAAAGUAUGGUCUACGGAACUAAGUGAAUCUGAAUAACCCUUUAACUGGAAAAGAAUAUGGAAAAACAUAACCUUAGCAUCCCAUAAUCCGAACCAUCAAUGUAUAUAUUUUACAUUUGUUCACAUUUGUUCACACACCAAGGAAAUGUUUUACUAUGAAAUUGGCCAUCAUUUAUUUUUUCUUUUCUUUUCCUGUAUAUACAGAAUGUAUUAUUACUUAAACUCUAAAAUAUUUUGUAGUUAUGUACCGAUACUUUGUAGUUAUGUACCUUUUGUAAUGUUUUUUUCUUUAAAAUGUUUCUUCUUGAGUGGCAGCCCAUAGGUACAAUGUGUAAAAUAAUGAAUUGAAAAUAUAUGAACGGAAUAUGAAAUGAUAAACAUUUAACCCCCCAAUGAAAAAAUUACAAAUAAAUACAAAUUUGGUCAAAAAACUAAAAGAAACUUAGUGCAGCUGUUAAUGGAGAAGUCAUUAUAAAUACCUAAAACAACAUGAAGAGAACAUUCCCACUAGACUCUCAUGAAGUUGUUAUAGUGUGAAGAAGGCACAGUGAUGGCGAAAUGUUAAAUUACUGGGAGGUUAUACAUAUGGAGUGUGCGACUCUCUUUGCUUUUAUAACUUACAGUUUAUUCACCUCUACACUAAAUAAUUUUGCGAGAAGCUAAUGAAGUUAUUCUGUAAUGUUAUGACAUGAUGUUCCAAUAAUGUUCUAAGAACAUACUUCCAUGACAAUGGAAGUGGCUCUGAAAACAUUACUGCAAUGCUCUGCCAAUAUUGAUGUGCCAUAUUAUUUCCGAAGUUGCCAAACUUUGAAACAUAGCAUCAUGUAAAACGAUUUUAGACUAUCUAAUUAGGGUAUCGUCCAUAUAUAGUUAUAACUAGGACUGGGCGACAUUGCCAAAAUAUAAUAUCACAAUACUUUUUUAUUUCUGACUCUAUUUGGCAGUAUUUUAUCUUUAUUUAAAAAAAAUGGGGAAAUUUUAAAUACAAUUUGGUAAAUGACAAAAAAUAAAUAAAUGGGUACUGAGAACAAUGUCUAAUUGCUGACACAAAAAAAGCAACUUUGGCUAAAAAAAAUUACGUGGAUGAAGGUCAUGUUUAGGCAAAUAAACUAUAAAGGGAAAUAAACGGCUACAGUCUACACUUUUUUAGAAAAGAGGCAUUUGUUUUAAGUUCCCGGGGAAACUGCUCCCGGAGGUGCCAGUUACCCUGGUAGAAGAUUAUGGCAUAGUGUUUCACACAAGUUGUCACGACUCAGGAUAAGACCCAGAUGCAGACAGUUCGAAUAACAGACGUUUAUUAUAAAACAGGUGGCAGGCAAACGACAGGUCAAGGGCAGGCAGAGGUCGGUAGUCCAAGGCAGAGUCCGUAAGGUACAGAGUGGCAGGCAUAACUAUAAAACAGGGGCUCAAGAACACAGGAGUACGAAAAACACGCUGGUAGCCUUGACGAGACAAGAUGAACUGGCGACAGACAAACAGAGAGCACAGGUAUAAAUGCACAGGGGAUAAUGGGGAAGAUGGGCGACACCUGGAAGGGGGUGGAGACAACACAAAGACAGGUGAAACAGAUCAGGGUGUGACAUACUUGUGUUAAAAUCUGUGUCAUCAGUUAAAUUUAGAAAUUCUUUAGAAACUAAUACUUAAAAGCAAAGUCCAGUUGGCUUAUUUGAAUUAUUUUAAUAAAAUAUGGAGGGGCGGGCAAUGGUGUUGCACAUGUCACCAUUAAUAUACGCACUAAUCAAAUCAAAUCAAAUCACAUUUUAUUUGUCACAUGCGCCGAAUACAACAGCUGUAGACCUUACAGUGAAAUGCUUACUUACAAGCCCUUAACCAACAAUUCAAUUUUAAGAAAAUAACAAAUAAUUAAAGAGCAGCAGUAAAUAACAAUAGCGUAGCUAUAUACAGGGGGUACCGGUACAGAGUCAAUGUGCAGGGGCACCGGUGUCAAGUUAAUUGAGGUAAUACGUACAUGCAGGUAGAGUUAUUAAAGUGACUAUG